AUGCCCAGCCUGCUUCCCUGGAUGGUCCUCUGUGUGCUGGGGGUCACAUCCCUGACUCAAGCUGACCAAUACUCGUUCUCCUCCGUCGUGGGAAGAGCCUCAGGUUUGCAGUAUGCCACCGAGGGAGAUGGACACAUCACAAGUAUCAGAGUCUGGGACGCUUACGGCUACAUCGCAGGUUUCCAGCUAAGGUACGCCAUCACAUGGGGUCCGGUGUAUGGCCGUCGGAUUGGCCAGGCGACUGAACUGGAGUUGACUGAAGGAGAGGGUAUUGUGCAGCUCUCAGGGAAGUACAACUACAGAAACUACAUCUGGCAGUUGAUGUUUGUUACCAGCAGAGGGCGCUCUCUGGUCGCUGGCCAGCCCUCUGGAUCCUCCUUCAACUUCUAUCCUACCAACAGCAGCAGUGAGCUGCUGAUUCUGAGUGGCAGGGUCAAUAGAUACGGCAUCACCGCCAUUGGGGCACACUGGGGAUGGUCAACAUAA